GGACAUGCUCGGCGCUUUAGCGCCCAGCCAUGGUGGAAGUCGUCGAGCCCCCUCCAUCUGGUUUCGGGCUGCAGCAGCAGUCUCGGCAUCGUCGCGCAGCGAGCUCCGCCGCCGAUCUGCGCAGCCCCUAUUCAGUUGUCGUUCUGCCUCCGUCGACCUCCUCCGCGCACGUGCAACAGCAGCCGCUGCCCCUUCGCGUCGAGUGUGCCGACACGGAUCUACGCAGUCCCGACGCGAUGUUGUCAAACUCCGCCCCUUGCCGUCGUCACGCCUCACGCAUCGCUCGUCGGCAAAGAGCCCAAACUAAUAGCAUGCCCGCGCGACACGAGUCGGCCAGGUCGUUCGCCUUGAAUGAUUGCGAUUUGUUUUAUUUACGUAUUCAGUCGAUGAUGUGUCUGCGUGUUUAUAUGUGUGUGAAAAUAUGUUUGUAUGAAUGGACGCGUGUAGAGAAGAAAAUGAAGUAGAAAAG